ACUUCAGUCUGAUCUGAUGAACGGAGGCUGACUGGAAGACGAGAUGACCGUCUCAUCUCUCCUUCACCAUGUCUCGCUUCAUAACAGCUGUCUUUCUUCUGCUGUGCGCCAGUGUGUGCGGUCAGUGCGGGAAGAUGAAGCACAGCCUCAGGAGAACAUCUGAACAACAUCACAAACACGGAACUUCACUUUUCAAGAAGAUGCUGGAUGAAACUAAGACACAUCAGCUGAAAUCAGACCAUCUUCUGCGUGUUGAUGAUCAUGACUUCACUAUGAGACCAGCAUUUGCGGGUCCAGCAGUACCAGUAGGUGUGGAUGUACAGGUAGAGAGUUUGGACAGUAUCUCAGAAGUAGAUAUGGACUUCACCAUGACGCUAUACCUGAGACACUACUGGAAGGACGAACGAUUGUCUUUUCCCAGUAAAACCAAUAAAAGCAUGACUUUUGAUGGUCGAUUAGUGAAGAAAAUCUGGGUUCCUGAUGUGUUCUUUGUGCAUUCCAAACGCUCCUUCAUCCACGACACCACCACGGAGAACAUCAUGAUCAGGGUAUAUCCUGAUGGACAUGUGCUCUACAGCCUCAGGGUGACUGUAACUUCAGCAUGUAAUAUGGACUUCAGUCGAUUCCCACUGGACACGCAGACCUGCACAUUAGAGCUGGAGAGCUAUGCUUACACUGAUGAAGACCUGAUGCUCUACUGGAAGAGUGGAGAUGAAUCACUGAGCACAGAUGACAAGAUCUCUCUGUCUCAGUUCCUCAUUCAGGAGUUUCACACCACCUCCAGACUGGCCUUCUACAGCAGCACAGGUUGGUACAAUCGUCUUUACAUCAACUUCACUCUGCGUCGUCAUAUCUUCUUCUUCCUGCUUCAGACGUACUUUCCUGCCACUCUGAUGGUCAUGCUGUCAUGGGUGUCCUUCUGGAUCGACCGGCGAGCUGUUCCCGCUCGAGUCUCAUUAGGCAUCACGACGGUGCUCACCAUGUCCACCAUCAUCACUGGAGUGAACGCCUCCAUGCCCAGAGUCUCCUACAUCAAAGCUGUGGACAUUUACCUGUGGGUCAGCUUCGUCUUCGUCUUUUUAUCAGUACUUGAGUAUGCUGCCGUAAACUACCUGACCACAGUGCAUGAUGGGACAGAUCGCAAAUCAAAGGAGAAGCCUUUACCUUGCACAUGUGACAUAUCUCAAGCAAGGACUAUGAUUCUGGAUGAAGCAUACAGUAAGCCUGAUACUAAUGGCCUGACAGGAUAUACACAGGCUCCUGUCUCCUCUGAGAAGGCUGCAGAUAAACAGGACCACAUGGUGGUGUGCCUGUCUUUGGCAAAUGAGGCCACAGCAGCCAAGAAGAAGAGCCUUCGAAGCUUCCGUAUCAUCCAAAACACUCACAUCAUUGAUGCCUACUCUCGCAUGAUCUUCCCAGGGGCCUUUAUAUUCUUCAAUCUUAUCUAUUGGUCUGUAUACUGCUGAAUUGCCUUACAAAGAGAUUGUGGUCGUAGCAUAUUGAAACACUUAUGUAUUAACAAAAGUAAAAUUGUUAUUUGUUAUAGAUUGAAAGGGACAGCACAGGUAAACAAGAUCA